AUGAAAGGCUUCAGGCAACGAGUGCAAGAACAGCUCUCGCGCGGCAAAGAUAAAGAAGGCAACAAGCUCGCCAAGAAGAAGGACGGCUCCUCAGGGACCGCAUCACCUCGUGACGGCUCAUCAAACCACUCGCCGGCGAAUUCUGCGCAUGCUACUCCCUCGUCUUCACAGUCGAACCUGGCGGAUACGCGGAACAAGCCGCUGCCCGGCACAGAUGGGCCUCCGCAACAAGCUCCCGGCGCUGCACCGCCACCAGCCGCGGCGCCGCAGAUGAACAUGGGCUUUGGACCUCAUCAGGGUCAAUUUGGCGGGCCGCAGCAGAACCCAGGCGAACGACACAAUCUCAAUGCGGCACCACAGCAAGGACAGCUUACGCCGGGAGGACAUGCCAGGACGAUGAUACCUGGAGUUGUGAUUUCGCAAAGCAACACACCCCACGCUCCACCGCCUGGCGCUACAGAGUCUAUGCCUCAUGAUCUUGCACCCCCGAAAGCGGGCCAGAAGAGUUUGCUGUUCGACCGACUAUCGGCGGCACCAAAAGACACGGUCCCGGAAGGCAUGCGAACACCGAAGCGACAGCAUUCGUCGCGCUUCGAUAUCUCGGACCAGAGACAGCGGGAGCUGGAAAAGCUACCUGGCUUUCACGAGGUACCGCCAAACCGACGGCAAGAGCUGUUCAUGCAGAAGCUGGAUCAGUGCAACAUCAUCUUUGAUUUCAACGAUGCCUCGGGCGAUAUGAAGAGUAAAGAGAUUAAGCGCUUGGCACUCCAUGAGCUGCUGGACUACGUAGCGCAAAAUCGCCAGGUCAUUUCAGAGCCAAUGUAUCCUCGGGUAGUGGAGAUGUUCGCAAAGAACUUAUUUCGACCAAUACCACCCCCCAUGAACCCGCAGGGAGAGGCAUUCGACCCGGAAGAGGACGAGCCGGUGCUGGAGGUCGCGUGGCCGCACAUCCAGGUCGUCUACGAGUUCUUCCUCCGGUUCAUCGAGAGUCAGGAUUUUAACACCAACUACGCCAAGCAAUACAUUGACCACGGCUUUGUGUUACAAUUACUGGAGCUCUUCGACUCAGAAGAUCCGCGAGAACGUGACUUCCUCAAAACGACCCUCCACCGGAUCUACGGCAAGUUCCUCAAUCUGCGCUCCUUCAUCCGCCGAAGCAUCAACAACGUCUUCUUCCAAUUCAUCUACGAGACUGAGCGCUUCAACGGUAUCGCGGAACUUCUUGAGAUACUGGGCUCCAUAAUCAACGGCUUCGCGCUCCCACUCAAGGAAGAGCACAAGUUAUUCCUCACGAGGGUGCUGAUACCGAUGCACAAAGUGAAGAGCCUGAGCUUGUACCAUCCGCAGCUGGCGUACUGUAUCGUGCAAUUCUUGGAGAAGGAUGCUUCGCUCACGGAAGAAGUGGUGUUGGGUUUGCUGAGGUAUUGGCCCAAGGUGAAUAGCACGAAAGAGGUCAUGUUUUUGAAUGAAGUGGAGGACAUCUUCGAGGUCAUGGAUCCAGCGGAGUUUGCCAAGGUGCAGGAGCCGCUGUUCAAUCAGUUGGCGAAGAGUGUCGCGAGUCCGCACUUUCAGGUGGCCGAACGGGCACUCUACUUCUGGAACAAUGAGUACUUUUGCAACCUUGUGAGCGACAACGUGGACGUAAUCCUGCCAAUCAUGUUCGCGCCGCUAUACGAGAACUCGAAAGGCCACUGGAACAGAACCAUCCACGGCAUGGUCUACAACGCCAUGAAACUCUUCAUGGAGGUGAACCCGCAACUCUUCGACGAGUGCUCGCACGACUACACCGAACAACAAAACAACGCCGACGCCGUGAAAGCGAACCGACAAGCGAAAUGGGAUCGCCUGACGCAGCUUGCGGAGAGCAUGAAGACGAAUGGCGCGACGCAGCAUAACGGCGCCAUGACGCCGCGGCCUUUGGGCGGAAGCGGUGCGACGGGCUACCCGGUCAAAGACGCCGGGCUGGAAAGCCAGAGACGAAUGGAGCAGCUACGGUUGGGAGAUGAUCCGGCGGCGCAGCAACGAAGACCUGGGUCCGCGAAGGAGUAUGGAGGGCAAGGGCUUAGUAACUCGGUACGUUGA